AGGCAGCACGAAGGAGGCGGCUGCAGGACGGCAGUAAAACCAAGUUACCGCGAAGCUCCAGGAACUAGACGCUCCCAGCUAGCUAAGCUAUUGUACUUCUUGUGUGCUUCUGUGUGCCUCGACUGAGCAUGAUGUUUGACAAAAAGCUCGCAGUUCCUUCAAGUUGACCGGAUCUUCUCACGUUUCCUUUGUCCAAUGGAAGCCAAGGGAUGCAGCCAGAGGUGGAAGAUGCACCUCCCAGAGUUUAGACCCAGCCGGAGAAGCCCGAAUCCGACAACAGAAGACAGUGAAAGAGGCCGGACAGGGAGAGUGAGAGACGGAGGAAGGCCACACAAAAAUGUUAGCGUGGCGCCCACCUCCAGGUAUCUGAGCGACAGACAGUAUGUCAUGAGAAAGCCUCUGUUCUCUGCCGAACAACAUGCAUCUAUCUUAAAGAAGACGCAGCCACAGAAGCACACAGAGAAGGAGAACCAGUUGGGUGUUAGCACGAGUGAAGAAAAUCAGCAACCCAGGGAGCUACAUUUCUCGUCCAGACCAGGAGAGGAGCUGACCCCGGAGAGCUACAGCCUCUCUCACAGUGACCUUUCACGUCCCGCAGCCUCAAGAAAAGACCUCCGCUCACCCUCGGGUGUCUCCGAGCUCAGGACCAGGCUGUGCCAUGAAGAACCCAGUUUGGGAUCCUCUUUCCCUGGCAGCAGAUCAGCUCAGUGGAGCUUCUUAAACUCCUCCCUGGAGGUCCAGAGACCGAACCCGCCUCUUAGGCCACAACUGACCUCCACUGUUCUGUAUCCUACUUACACCCCUCGCUCAGGGUACUCCAGGCCAGGCCAGACCCAACUCAGGAUGGGAGGGGGGGAGCGGAGAGGAAAGGAAGAGACCAAACUAUGCUCUUCUAGAGGACAUAAAAGAGGACAUCCAAUGUCUCCCCACCAGGCCAACUACUGGGCCUGUGCCAUCCCUAAAGCUUUGCCUCCAUCUCCAGACCGGAACUCUGCAAGCUGGGACCCGAACAGGGAGUACCAGGCCCUUCUGGACUACACCUACCCUCUUAGACCAGGGCAGGUGCUCUGUGAGGGGGACAGCUCCAAGCUCCAGGAAGACUCUCUCUUCCAAACAUACCCCAACCUGGAGGACUCAGGGAUUGAACUGGACCAUCAUUGUAGCUCCACCAGCCUGUCAGGGUUGGACUUUUCUUUUAGCGUGGGUCAUAAGUCACCUGAGUCCCCCGAUGGUCCGCCCUCCGGUGCCUUGCUCUACCAAACAGACCCCGGGGCUUUGUCCUUUGACAGUUUGGACGAUAGUAAGGACAGAGAUGAAAUUAAUUUUUACAAGUGUGAUGGUCGCCAUCAUCAGCACCAUGCACUGUCCUCCUCCUCAACUGCUCUUCCACGGCCCAGGUGUGGAUGUGGGGAGGUGGACGAGGAGUUCCGGCCUCUUCCAGAGCAGCUGGAGGAGCUCCAGCUGCUCUCCAGACAGGUGAGGGAGGUAACGGCCCAGCUGAGCCGGCCUGCCACAGCCAGCUGGGAGUCUCUGGAGCCGGGCACCACCUCCGUCCUCUCCUCCAUCACCCUGCCUGGGAAACAGAAGGCUGAAGUCAAAGACUUGGAGGACAGCAGUCAGGACACAGGUGAAGGAAAACAGAAGACGGGCAGAGAGGAGAGGAGUGCCGCUCACACCGCAGCUGAUCGAAGGGACUUUGAGGCCGUGAGGAGGAGCUCUGGAGCCUGGGGGGAGUCCGUAGGAGGGGGACUGAGUCCAUCCAGUCUCAGGGAGGUGGAGGUUCUGGUGGAGCAGCUGUGUGGUCUCACCCUGCCUGGCAACAAGAGGGGCAGCCAGGAGGACCCGGAGCAAAGUGACUCCCUGAUGCAACACAUCCAGGUCUUCUGCUCACACCUGGAGCAGCUCAUAAAGCAGUUAUAUACUAUGUCAGAGAAGAUGGAGCUGCUGUGUGCGCCCACUGUAGACAUAGACAGUGUAAAGUCAUCCCUGGCUGAAUAUCAGGGUUUUCAGAGAGAAGUGAGCAGUCAACAGCCCCUGACCUCCUGUGUUCUGCACACCGGACAGCUCCUCCUCCGCUGCAUUAACACCAUGUCCCCACUUUUAAGAGACACCCUUGUGUUGAUUGAGAGGCAGCGUGGAUCUCUGGAGACCCACACCGAACACUUGUUCUCCUCCAUCCUGGCUGCCAUGGACAGCCUCACCCAGCCCAGUCCGGUCCAGCAGAACAAAGAGGAGGACCCGGACCCUGUGGGGGUCCGAGGAUCCACUUUGUAAACAGACUGCUGGACGUGUCUGUGAUGUAAUUUAUUUCACUCAUUUCGUUGUGAUCUUCAGUUUUAUAAUACAGGGCUCUCAUUUCAGUCUCAGUUACUGUCACCAUUAUGUUAAUCUGUCAAUUGAAAUGUCUGUUUAAAUGUUAAAUUACAUUUUCAGACUUACACAGUAUCUGUCUUUCAUAUUCCACCUCACAGACUGUGAAUAUAUUUGUUAGGUCCUUCACAUGCUGAAUUUCAAAAAUGGAUAAAUAUUGCGAUGGCACACUGAGAUAUCAGUGGACAUAAACAGCUGUGUGUCUGGUCUACUGCAUACACACCAGUCAGUCUGAUCUCUGUCCAGUUGGCAGGGUACAGUCAUACACCAAUACAUUUUUUUGGUCACAUGAUACAGUUCCAGUGAAAUGUAGUCCCAUUGUACCGUUCUGGAGGAUAUGGAUACUUGCACUAUGAUCUUAAUUCGUAGAAUCAAGAUCAAUGACUUUUUAACGUUUGCUUCUCAGCUGCUUUAAUAACCAGGACAGGUGGUCACUGUCCACGUGUCCUUGCAAUACAUGCAGUCGCUCUUGGGGACAUUUUUGGGUCUGCAAAUUAUAGUGUGGCCGUGGUCAUUAGUGUGAACUCGCUCUCUUAAAAAGCCUUUACAACCCAAAGAAACUGUUUACUGCACUGUAAUUCAAUCAAAGUCAUUGAAUAAAGAGGAUUGUUUCAAAUA